AUGCAAGGCAGGGAAGUUAAUUCAUCAAAAAGGUCGGCGACAGCACCUAGUAUACCUAGAAGGAACCAUGGUCCCAGUCGAAAUGAAGAAAGUGCACCGAAUUUGGUCAAAGUGAAUCCUUAUAAAAUUGCACGGGCAACUUCUUUCAACGUUUUUAUGGAAUACGGUGCAACUGCUAAUACCACUGGUCUAGACUUGAGUCCAGUGGUUGAAAAUCCUCGAAAUGAUGCACCAAAUGCUUCUCCGUCUCAGGACCAAAAAAACUUAAAUGGGACGCAAACAGUUGACUUUGCUGACAAUUCAGCCAACACACCUUUUGAUUCUGCUCUAAAAGCUCGUGCUAAAAUACCCAAUAUCAAGUCUUUAUCCAAAAAUGUUUCACCUUUCGGGGGAUCUUCAAAGCAAAGGGAUGAUCUCAGAUAUGCUGGAUCAGAAGAUCCUUCGAAUAAAAACAAACUUGAAGUCGACUUAUCACAGUCGGAUCAAUUAACAACCACAGAAAACCCUUUAUUGAGAAAAGAUAUUGAGGCUAAUGACGUUGGAAUACAUAUACCAACUGUUGCGGGUAGUCGAAUUCAAACAGCAGAAAUUCCUUCAGAGAACCGAUCGGACAAAAGAAAAAGGGGAGUGUACCUGAGAGCUUCUAAUCAUGAUGAUGGCAAGUCAAGUGGGUCGUUGAAUUCAAGCUUUAUCAUUAAUGCUGAUUCUGAAUUUGUUCCCGGUUUCCAUUUUGACCAUAAUGGCAAGCAUGCUGAGAAACGUGAUGCUACUGUCAUUUACACUAGAAAAUUGGAUAACAUGCCAAAGCACGGGCAUGCGAAUGAGCUAGAACCACAAACUGGAGACCACUCAAGUGUUAACUCUCCCAUUUCUGAAAGUACUAACAGAACCAGGACUGGCGUGAAGUCGAAAUACGGAAGUGAUUUGAUGAGUCUCAAUCUUUCGGGUCAAAAUAACAUUGGAAGUGAAGAGUCAUUAAGCAAGAGGUUGUCCGCGUCAAUUGAAAAACUGUCUUAUGAAAAGAGAAUAAAUCCAGGAUCUCCUAUAAGCAAAAAGUUUAAGAAUUUCACUUUUUCCCAGUGGAAAGUAGCUACCGCAGUACCUGUGUCGGUGUUUGCUUCUGCUGUUUUGGUGGGACUCCUAAUUGCAAUCUACAUUCUAUCUCAUGGGACUCGCGAUUCUGUGAAUUCUUAUUUCAAUGAUGGUAAAAAUAUCCCCCAUUUGAGAGAGUUGGCUGCCGAGUAUUUAUUUCCAGGAGAACAAUUUGGGGUGGUAACAAAUUCAAUUGACGGGUUGAGUAAUGCUGCAAAAAGUGACAUCGAGGUCACAGAUUUAAUGAAAGGAGUCUCAAAUUUCAUGUUUCAUGGCAUUGCCUACUCCCCUAAUAACGCAAUGGAGCCGCAUUGUCGGUACAAUAAACGUGACGCCAUGUUAGACUUGGCAAAAAUAUCAACCGUAACAACACGUAUAAGAACAUAUGGUAUGCAAUGUGACCAAGCUGAAUUGAUCAUGGAAGCCAUUGAUCAUAUGAAUUUGAAUAUGACAGUGGCCAUGGGGGUGUGGAUUGGUGAAAAUGACACAAUAAAUAGGCAACAGAUGGACAUGAUGAAGAAAGUCAUUGCCAAGCAUCCGGAUCCUGCAAGAGUAAUCAAUUCGAUAUUCGUUGGCAACGAGGUGUUAUUCAGAGGAGACAAGUCCAAAAAGGAGUUGAUUGAAUAUAUUCAAGAUGCCAGAAGAUUUUUACAACUCAUGAAAAUUGACGACAUACCUGUGGGUACAUCCGAAAUCGGGUCUCUUAUUGAUCUGGAAUUGUUAAUCAAUUGUGACAUUGUUGGUGCAAAUAUACAACCCUUUUUUGGUGGUGUUUCUGUCGAAGAUGCUACCCAUUGGGUCUUGCGUUUUCUUGACCUUCACAUUUUGCCUCAUAAUGAAAACAUUGGCACCCCCAUUGUUAUCACAGAAAUUGGAUGGCCAAGCGGGGGUGGUCGCUAUCGUUAUGCACAAGCAGGAAUGUCGAGUUUGAAGGUUUUCCUUAGUACUUUUCUAUGCACAAUGAGGAACUUGCCGCUCGAAUAUUACUUUUUCGAGGCAUAUGAUGAGCCUUGGAAAGAAGUAUUUUGGACAUCCAAUCAAAAGUGGGAGACGCAGUGGGGAAUAUUCAACGCUGACCGACUGAAUAAGUUUCCUCUCCAGAACAUAGGUUGUAUGCGAUAG